UGUUUGUAGCCAUUCACCAGCCUGGCGCCGCAGAGAGAGCAUUGAGAGACUGCAGAGCUUCGAUUCACAUCGGAGACAGACAGAGAGGGAUCACGCGGCAUCCGCAGGCACAGACAGACGCGCAAAACCCGCAUGGUUCACAUCCAGAGAGACCAACCACCCCACCUUUCUAUUCCGCAUCUCCAAAAAGGGAAGACAGAGGUGGAAGUUGCACUUGGAUCCGUGGAGUUAGAGGCUAUAUAAGAGCAGAGAAAAGCGUCAGUUGCGUCGCAGGGCAAGUGCGGCUCAUUGAUAAAUAACACGGGCUCUCCGGCGGAUGCAUGAAUGACCGUCAGUGAAGGCGUCGGGAAAUCAGUGAAGUAGACCCGUGUUUUAUUGACCGGGUUCGUCUUAAAACGCUUUGAAGGACGUUCGGAGUGAUUUUUUGUUACAUCAUUGCGGUGGGCCCUCCAAGCAGCGGACUGUAAAAUAAAUCCCAGAUUGCGUGUGUGUUUUGGUUGCUUCCUUCCCACCGCAGCCAGGAACUCUCGCUUCUUCGAGUCCUUUUUACUCCUGCUUAUAAAUGCUCGACAAGCUCAAGCCCGUCAUCCAGCUCGACUCCGUAAUGGCGAUCAGCAAGACGGUGGGCUGGCUCCGGGAGCAGCUGGAGACGCGCAGGGACGGCCUGCUUGUGAUGGACUGCCGGGCCCAGGAGCUCUACGAGUCUUCGCACGUCGAGGCGGCCAUCAACGUGGCCAUACCGUCCCUUAUGCUCCGCAGGCUCAAGAAGGGCAACCUGCCCGUGCGAUCGCUGCUCUCCGACGGGGAGGACCGGGAGAAGUUCGUGCGCCGGUGCAAGACGGACACCAUCGUGCUGUACGACGAGUACAGCCGGGAGUGGAACGAGAACGUGGACGGGGGCUCGGUGUUAGGUUUACUGCUGAGGAGGAUGAAGGACGAAGGCUACAAGGCCUAUUAUCUGGAGGGAGGCUUCAGUAAAUUCCAGGCCGAGUAUCCAGCUCUGUGCGAAACCAACCUGGACGGUUCCUCCAACACCGGCUCCCCCACCGCCCAGGUGCUGGGCCUCGGCGGGCUGCGCAUCAGCUCCGACUCGUCGGACAUCGAGUCCGACAUUGACCCGUGCAGCGCCACAGACUCGGACGGCAGCCCGCUGUCCAACCCGCAGCCCUGCUUCCCGGUGGAGAUCCUGCCGCACCUGUACCUGGGCUGCGCCAAGGACUCCACCAACCUGGACGUGUUGGAGGAGUACGGCAUCAAGUACAUCCUCAACGUGACUCCCAACCUGCCCAACCUCUUCGAGAACGCAGGGGAGUUUAAGUACAAGCAGAUCCCCAUCUCGGAUCACUGGAGCCAGAAUCUCUCCCAGUUCUUCCCCGAGGCCAUCAGCUUCAUUGAUGAAGCCCGAAGCCAGGAGUGCGGCGUCCUGGUCCACUGCCUGGCCGGCAUCAGUCGCUCGGUGACGGUUACGGUGGCCUACCUGAUGCAGAAGCUCAACCUGUCCAUGAACGACGCCUACGACAUCGUCAAGAUGAAAAAGUCCAACAUCUCACCCAACUUCAACUUCAUGGGCCAGCUCCUGGACUUUGAGCGCACCUUGGGCCUGAAGCGCCCGUGCGACAACCGCAUAGCGCCGCCGACCCAGCAGCUGUACUUCACCACGCCGACCAACCACAACGUCUUCCAGCUGGACGCCCUGGAGUCCACGUGAGGCCCGCCGUCACAACUCUCCUCGCUGGAGGUUUCGUGGGCCUCCUCUUAAAAAAGCUGCAAAAGUGUUUGUCUUUUUUCCGCAGUCUGCCAUGGGACUUGGCUCUUGAUCUUAUUGGUACGGCUGGUUUGAGGCGACCGUUGCCGAGCGUCGUUACCGGAGAGCCAAAGCUGUCUCUCCAAGACGCAGCUGCUGCUGACUAAAUGAGGAGAGACAGGAAGAGAGUCAUUUAAAGAGUGCAGACUCUUUAUUUCAAUCUUGUAUCCCUGUCGGACUCCUGAGGUCUUAUAACUCCUUCUGUCAUUGUGUCUGAGGAAACUUAAAGUGAUUUGUUGGACAGCUGUACGCUAUGCAUCAAAGCUCCUGGCCGGGUGUGCCAAAGAGACAUGGUUGUUCAUACUGGACAGAUCUAAAAAUGAACUCCUUUUCUUUUUCUAGCACUGGUUCCCCCCAGACGUCUUCUUUGUCUUCUGUGAAGACUUGCCUGUGAGGGGUUGAAGCACCCCAGCUUUAGAUGGCACCCUAUAUACUGGACUCGAUUUUGCAUUCGUGAAAUCCUUACAAACAUUUAUACAUUGUGUAUAUAUAUCUUAAUAUAAAAGACAAUACAGUAAAAGCCUUGCUCUAGUAUAUUCCUAUUUGGCACAAGUGGUUCCUGAAGAUUCUCUUUGUUUCAUAUUCUACUUUUAUGUAAGCAAACAAGCUGCAUAUUGAUCAGUAUGUUUAAGUUGAUUAUGCCAAAAAUCAAGUAGUCUUUCCAAGAAUUGUGCAAAAAUGUGUAUGUGUAAUAUAUUUGAUAAUCGCUUUAUGUGUGAAUUCAGCCGACGGGCCUUGUUUUUGCACCCUCCCUCUCACAAAUCAAAGUCCCCUUGGUCGUUUGCCUUACUUUGGCGCCCAGAAGGCUGUUAAUGCGCAUUAACCUUCAGAGAGGUUCAUUAGUUUUCUCAACUCUUACAGUAUCCCAGAGAUUUUCUCUUUAAGUUUUCAAACAAAACGUCAAUUAAACCGUGUUUUCCUAGCAGUUUGAAUUUGACACCACAUUAAAGAUUUAUAAACACGCUUGAGUCCGAAACAGGAACACGUGUUGUCUGGAUCUCUGGCGGUUAAUGUGAGUAAUCCUGAUCUGUGCACAAAGGGUAAAAGUCUCUGACACGUGGAAACAGUUAGGAGGCUUUGCCAAACCUCGCCUCUUCAGGGAGAACUCUGUGAAAUGCAGUUUGUAUUUGUCAAGAUGAGAGAAACAGCAUCCAGAGCUUUGGAGGGUCAUGUUGCCCUUCUACAGAAAAGGCCAUUUUCCAGAGGACGCCAUCUUGGUGCCCUCUGCCAACCCCCUCCACUUUCCUCUCUUACGAAUGUAAAGAAAUGAUAAGUUAUUAAUAAAUUGCUAUUUUGUCUACACUUUA